AAAGGUCGUCGCGUCUCCACAAAGUCACAAGUGCAUACAGCACAGAGGGAACAAGAAUGGAUAUACUCAGAACCAUCGCUCACCAACCCAUAAGCAACCCUAAAAUGUGUGACCACUCGUUAAACAAGCCAUCGGAGAUCAAACGGAAGAAAUCAGAGGAACACAUUCCAGGGCCACAAGAGAUGUCCCGGAUUGUUACAGAUUCUACUACAGGGAAAUGUUAUUGUCGUGGAAAAGUUCUUGGCAAGGGUGGAUUUGCCAAAUGCUACGAAUUCACAGACUUGACAACAGGAAAAGUAUACGCUGCGAAGAUCAUUCCACACACUCGCGUCUCCAAGCCGCAUCAAAGGGAAAAGAUCGACAGAGAGAUAGAGCUACACAGUGUUCUCCACCACAGACACAUCGUCCAUUUCUACCACCACUUUGAAGACAAAGACAACAUCUACAUUCUGUUGGAGUACUGCAGUAGACGGUCACUUGCCCACAUCCUGAAGGCUAGGAAAGUUCUGACAGAGCCAGAGGUGAGGUACUACCUCCGACAGAUUGUCUCUGGUCUCAAGUACCUCCAUGAGCAGGAGAUCCUCCAUAGGGACCUUAAACUGGGUAAUUUCUUCAUCAACGAGUCAAUGGAGUUAAAGGUGGGAGACUUUGGGCUGGCAGCCAAGCUAGAGCGGGUCGAGAACCGCAGAAGAACGAUAUGUGGCACACCCAACUACCUUUCCCCAGAAGUGCUGAACAAGCAGGGGCACGGCUGUGAGUCGGAUGUGUGGGCCCUAGGUUGUGUAAUGUACACCAUGCUCCUGGGCAAACCCCCAUUUGAGACCACCAACCUGAAGGAGACAUACAGGUGCAUUCGAGAGGCUCGGUUCUCCAUCCCCUCCUCCCUGUCGAUUCAGGCCAAGCAGCUGAUCAGCAGCAUGCUAUCCAAGACCCCAGCAGACAGACCCCACCUAGAGGACAUUCUCCAACAUGACUUUACACAGGGCUUCACCCCAGACAGGCUGUCAUCUAGCUGUUGCCACACAGUUCCAAUCCUCCACCACAACAGCCCGGCCAAGAGCUUCUUCAAGAAGGCUGCUGCUGCCCUGUUCGGAGGGGGCAAAAAGGACAAGGCCAAGUACUUUGAAACUCUGAACAGAAUGACCAAAGAGGAAGAGGACAUCAACAGGUUACAAAAUGACUUGAGAAACACCUCAAUUAGUCAUCCCCCCUGCAGCAGACAGGCCUUAGAGGACAGCAAGGCUCUGUGUGUCCCUGUGGCACACAAUGCGCUACCCCUUAAAGAAGGGGUCAGCCACAACACCAACAAGCAACAGCUGAGGGGCACCAUUCGCAUGAUCGUCAAGGGGACACUGGGCAGCUGUAGCACCCGCAGCGAAUGUCUGGAAGACAGUACAAUGGGCAGUGUAGCUGACACUGUUGCCAGAGUCCUGAGAAAUUGUCUGGAGAACAUGCCAGAAGCUGAGGACAUUCCCCAAAACAGUAUGGGCACCAGUUUCCAGUGGGUUACAAAAUGGGUGGACUAUUCCAACAAGUAUGGCUUUGGCUACCAGUUGUCUAAUCACGUUGUAGGAGUUCUCUUCAACAAUGGCACACACAUGAGUCUACUGUCUGACAAAAAGACUGUGCACUACUAUGCAGAGCCACACAAAUGUUUGGUCUUCUCAACAAGCGAGGCACCAGAACCCUUCAUGGGUCAGGUGACCAUCCUUAAGUACUUUGCUCACUACAUGGAGGAGAAUCUUAUGGACGGUGGUGACUUGCCCAAUGUGACAGACACCAGGAAGCCCAGGCUCUACCUUCUGCAGUGGCUCAAAUCUGAUUGUGCUCUCAUGAUGCUCUUCAAUGAUGGCACUUUCCAGGUGAACUUCUACCACGACCACACAAAGAUCAUCCUGUGCAACCAAAACGAGGAGUACUUGCUUACUUACAUCAACGAGGAGCGUGUCUCUACCACCCUGCGCCUCAGCACCCUGCUCAUGUCCGGCUGCAGCGCAGACCUGCACAGUCGCAUGGAGUAUGCACUCAACAUGCUGCUUGAGAGGUGCAGCUAAAGCCAGGAACGACAGCCAUUUUGUACCUUUCAAGGGGUUUGACCAAGCAGUUAACUGGAUUUGGUGGACUUUGGCAUUCAAAAUGACCAAUCCUAUUGUGACUUGUGGCUUUGGAUAAAGGAAGAAACCUGUCCUGAGUGGAGUGAAAUUGGGGGUAAAAGUAACUCAUCCUUUAAAUGAAGUCUUGGUGAAAAAACAAGGCUGAAGAUGAAAAGAAACCUGCUGGGCUGGAACCAGACGAUAGACAAACAAACCAAAACUAUUUGGUUUCAACACUUGAUGCGUUGAGAUGGACUAUGAGAAAGCAAGAUUUUGAACAGUUUAUGCUACAGACUUCAGAAGGGUCCUAUUAGAAAAUGUACUUCUCUGUAGAGCAGAGAACAGAAAAAAAUUAAAUGGUGACAACUGUAAAAACAUUAACCCUAACCCUAUUGUGACAUCAAUGUUAAAACAAAAUCAACAAGGACCAAUAGCAUUUUAGUCUAAUCCCAGUAAUGAUGAAUUGUGCAGUAUUAAUUUAUACAAAAAUAAUUUAAAUCCUAUUUGGAUUAUUUUUGGUUAUAACUUGCUGUUUGCUGAUUAAAAGAUGUUUUUUCAAAAUGACCUAAUUUCAAAUAAAUCAUAGU